AUGUGCAGGGAUUUGCAGCGAAUAUCUGGUAACAGCACUUCUAAAGUUGGACAUUUGAGAUCACACGAGAUAAAAGAACUUGAUGUCUAUCAUCAGUCUGGUAAUUCAAAGAUUCCUACAAUUGAAGAGGCUUUGACGUUUAUAACGGCAUCAGUUAGGCAGGUGAUUCUAGAUGCCAAGGUGGGGCCUCCAUUAUAUGAAAAGGAACUUGCAAAAGAUAUUCUUUCUGCUGUUGAGAAGAUGCGGUGUAAGAAUUGCCUCGUUUGGGCUAAAAGCGACAGUUUAGUGAGGGACAUAAUCAAACUCUCAUCGGAUCUUAUGGUAGGCUACAUUAUAAUGGUGGAUCCCCAUACUGGGGCUCGAUGUAGCUUAUUUAGAAUGAAAGGGGCCAAGGUAACUGGCGUAUACCAUCAAUUGAUCGAUGAAAGAUUGGUUAAGACUCUGCAUGGGAGAGAGAAGAAGGUAUAUGCCUGGACUGUCGACGAUGCCGAUUCCAUGACGAGGAUGUUGCAUGCGCACACGGAUGCCAUUGUCACUAGCAACCCCAGUUUACUUCAACGUACCAUGCAAGAUAAAAGAACACAAUGCCUUGAAGAAGGUUUUUCUUUGACACGAUGAACAUUCUUCUUCAUUUUCCAAGUAUUUGAUGUGAUGAAGAUAUUUCU